GGGCAUGCGUAAGCGUGCGCGGGCGCGUCGGCCGGCGAGGGAGUAGCAAACGGCCGGCGGCGCACGCCGCGCGGGGGGCGGUCGGCGCGGCGAGAGCGGCGGUGGCCAUGGCCGAGGCGUCGCCGCAGCCAGGACGGUACUUCUGCCACUGCUGCUCGGUCGAGAUCGUUCCGCGCCUGCCGGACUACAUCUGCCCGAGGUGCGAAUCGGGUUUCAUUGAAGAACUUCCGGAAGAGACCAGAAAUACAGAAAAUGGUUCUGCCCCCUCCACAGCCCCCACGGACCAGAGCAGGCAGCCGUUUGAGAAUGUGGACCAGCAUCUGUUCACACUGCCGCAGGGCUAUGGGCAGUUUGCUUUCGGCAUCUUUGACGAUAGCUUCGAGAUCCCCACAUUCACCCCAGGGGCGCAGCCUGAUGACAGCCGGGACCCCGAGAGCCGGCGGGAUCGGGAACACCCCUCGCGGCACCGCUAUGGCGCUCGGCAGCCCCGGGCCCGCCUCACUGCCCGGCGCACCACGAGCCGGCAUGAGGGCGUCCCGACACUGGAAGGGAUCAUUCAGCAGCUGGUCAAUGGCAUCAUCACUCCUGCCACCAUCCCCAACCUAGGCCUGGGCCCCUGGGGUGUCCUGCAUUCAAACCCCAUGGACUACGCCUGGGGGGCCAACGGCCUAGACGCCAUCAUCACACAGCUCCUCAAUCAGUUUGAGAACACGGGCCCCCCGCCUGCAGACAAAGAGAGAAUCCAGGCCCUCCCCACUGUCCCCGUCACUGAGGAGCACGUAGGCUCUGGGCUCGAGUGCCCCGUGUGCAAGGACGACUACGCGCUGGGGGAGAGUGUGCGCCAGCUGCCCUGCAACCACCUCUUCCACAACAACUGCAUCGUGCCCUGGCUGGAGCAGCAUGACAGCUGCCCUGUCUGCCGGAAGAGCCUCACAGGACAGAACACAGCUACCAACCCCCCGGGGCUGACCAGGGUGAGCUUCUCCUCCUCGUCGUCGUCCUCCUCCUCCAGCUCGCCCAGCAACGAGAACGCGGCCAGUAACUCCUGAG